UAUUUAUGUAGUUUACAGAUGUUACGCUUUCAGGCAUUCCCAUUGUGUGGUUUUAGGAACAUUUCGGAGCGCCCAGAUUUUAUUAAAUCAUAUUCUGUGUCUAGAAUACUAUGUUCAGUCAGAGAUUUGUUAUGAGGUAGUGAAGUGAUUAUUUGAGCUGGAAGCGCUUAAAACGAUAACAAAAACUUAACAACAACAACGAAAGCCAAACAAUAAUUAGUGGAGCAAAAAAUUGAAAAUGACAACGAAAAGGCAAAUUUAUAUGCUAUCAGCAUUUUAUAAUUUAAUAAUAUUGCAUACAACAACAGCGUUUCUGGUUGAAACCACAAACUCGUCUUCUGCUUCACAAUUAACCUCGGAUCAACUUCUGAAGGUGGGCGUUUACUAUGAGACACUCUGUCCCGAUAGCCGUGAAUUCGUUCGCAAUUCACUUUAUGAUGCAAUGAUUAUAAAUGACUGGAUAAAAUAUAUCGAUCUAGAAUUGGUGCCAUAUGGAAAAGUAACGUCAUGGACGGAUCCCACAACAAACAUAACAACUCUUUUCUGCCAGCAUGGACACAGCGAGUGCGAGCAAAAUGCAUUGCAUGCCUGCAUUGUAGAGCAUAACGAUGUAAAAGACCAAGUGAAAUUAAUAAGCUGUCUAAUGAAUGGUCAUGCGAAAAAUCUUGAUGAGUGUGGUAAUGACUUGGUCAUAGAUGUGAGCGCUGUGAAGGAGUGUAAAGCCAAACGUAGUACGACAGAUAUACUAAAGAAAUAUGGCGAAAAGACAGAUGCGUUGGAUAUAUCUUUUGUGCCAUCAGUCACGUUCGAUGAAAAAUUCGAUCGUUGGCGUCAACGUUAUUUCAUUUACAAUUUUUCUGUAGUGUUCUGUCGGGAGUAUAAAGCGAAAUUUAAUACUAUACUACCGCAUUGUUAGAAAAAAUAUCAAUAUCAUAAAAAUGUGUUAAAAAAGUCCUUUUCAAUAAAUUUGGAAUGAUGUAAUUUAACACUUAAGUAAUAAAUAAAUAAAAUUUAGUGAGCAAGCACUUUUAAAUAAAAUAAA